GCUGGCGGCAUUGUGGAAUACUAUAAGCAACCGAAACGAGAUGGACGGGAAGUUCCAAUUUCUCAUGGCGCUCUCGCUUGACCGCGGAACGCCUGUCUUCAUCGGCACCGACGUAGUACGCAAUGCAUACACGGGACAUCGCAACAGGCUUCGCAUAAAACUCGAGAGGGUGAAGCAGCCGCCAAAGAGGAGAACCGUGCAGGACAUCAUCCAGUAUUUCUCCCGCGCGUCUUCCUGGGAUAAUGCCCUGAAGGUAUCGAAGGCCAUUGUUGCUACCAUGAAGGGGGUGGUGGAAGCACUCCGAGAUCCUGGCCUCCACGAGAAAGUGCCGCAGAUAUUGGACUUGUUCGAUUUCAGCGAGAUUCUUCACGUUCGAUUUUUCCACUUCAUGGAGAUAAUGAAACGGUUUCCCCCGGACGAGGGUGAAUGGUUAAGUUAUUUCUUCACAACAGAUGCCCUGGCUCUCCAGUCCCUGACAAAGUACCUCAGCACGGUGGAACCGGUCACGUUCAUUUACACCGUGCGCUUCAUCAUUGCCGAAAGCCUGCUGACCACGGCUUCGUCGGCUUUUGUCAGUAUUUACGAUUUGUCUCCGGCAGCGGCGUCCCGAUAUAGCAUGGUACGGUGCGCCGACCUGUCCUUGAUGCUGCUCCCCACCAUGACCGAGUACCAGUUCUUCCAAGAGUGGCUCGGACAAAACAUAUCCGCUUCUCUAACGCACCUGUUCGAGCUCUUACCGGAGAAGUUUAACCUUGUCGAACCCUUUUCCAGAAUGCGAAAAGAUACCAAAGCAAACCUGGUGCGCACACUCCGCAACAUCACCAUCGUCCCGGGCCAAGACCCUGGCUAUAAUUCAAUAGAGGAUAUACGCAACAUCACCAAGUUCAAGGAAAUUGGCAUCGACUUCAACAGCUGGGUGCUUCACACGUUCCGUUCGAAAGCACAGUUCCGGGAGAACCUGCUGAUUCGUGCGCAGGAGAAGCUUCCCGCCAACGACCACAGCUUGGACCUCAACCCCGGUGCAGUCUACGACGCUUUCGAAGACGUGCUGCGCGUGCUUCCCAGCCUCCUCGUUCAGCCAUUCGACGUAGCAGCCACGCCUUCCGCCUUCACUUUCGGUCACCUGGGCUCGUACGUGGCCGAAGCUUUUUCUCAGGCCACGCUGCCCCAUAGCUUAUCAGGCCUGCCGUCGAGAAUGAACUUCACUGCUCAAGCCGACCAGGACGCAUUUCUCAAGAAUCUGGACUGCCUUAGCCGAGAGCGAGCUCACGCAGAAAAGGUCCUGCUCAGCAUGAAAACAAUGCUGAGCCUUCUGACAAGCGUUAUUGGUGUCAAGGUCGCCCAUAAGGCUUGGGAAGACUGGAAGGAUCGAGGCACCACGGAGCUCGUGCCCUAUGUGAAGACAGACGAGCAGGCAUUGUUCGUUGGCUUCUGCUUACGACACUGCGGCGAUGCCGACGACAGUCACUACAGAGACCUCGAGAGUCCUUAUGAAAAUGCUAGCCUGCCGCGACCUGAACUGUGCAACUUACCCCUACGUCACAUCUCAGAGUUUGCCAGGGCUUUUUCGUGCAAUGCUAAUAGCAGCAUGGUGGCAGCAAGUAAAUGUGCCUGAUGCUAUGGACGUGCCUGUGCAUUUUUUGUUUGCAAUUUUAUUGUUCCCAUUUCUUAUUUCAUUGCUUUAUUCACCUGGGUUGCCACCAUAAUGUGUGAUUGAAUUUAUAUGCAACCACGGAGGCCCACUUCAUGUAGAUGCUCCAACAACGAUCUUUUAAAUGCAUCGUCCAGGAGCCAUUUCUCAUAGUAGUCAGGUUGGUCAGUUCCUAGCUUCACAUCUUUGAAUGAACGUUUGCAGACCGUCUUUGUCCGAAGGCAUGUCCUAAUUAGAGGAUGGGCGCCCGCUGCAUGGAGUGGUGCACACCUUCAUUUGCGCCACAUUAAUGCUUUCGCGGACACUAUG